AUGGCACUUCAAAGGAGACAAUUUUCUUUUUUGGCAUGUAUUUUUCAAGUUACAAUAUUUUUUUUAUUCUCUAGAUAUGCUAAAUAUACAGAAAAAGCUAUGCCAAGCUAUGAUCUCAAAAAAGUGUUCAAUGAUACAGAUUAUCCAUUAUUUCAAGAUAUUCAUGUAAUGGUUUUUGUUGGAUUUGGUUUUUUAAUGGCAUUUUUAAAAAGAUAUGGCUUUUCAGCUGUAUCAGUAAAUUUAUUACUAUCAGCAGUUAUCAUUCAAUGGGCUUUAUUUUUACGAGGUGUAAUGUCAAAAGAGUUCAGAGAAACAGGUUAUUUUUCAAUUUCAGUUGCGGAUCUUAUGAUAUCUGACUUGUCAUGUGUUGUUGUAAUUAUUUCAAUGGGUGUAUUAUUGGGAAGGUUAACUCCUACACAAUUUCUACUUCUUAGUAUACUUGAAUCAUCUUUUUCAAUAUUCGUUGAAUUUUAUUUGUUUGAACAUCUUCAUAUUAAUGAUGGUGGUAGGGCACUUGUAAUUCAUACAUUUGCUGCAUAUUUUGGUUUAGCUGUUUCAAAAGCUGGAUACUCAUCACAUAUUAUGGAUACAGGACCUGAUGGAUCAAUUUCACAUUCAGAAUUAUUUUCUAUGAUAGGUACAUUAUUUUUGUGGAUUUUUUUUCCAUCAUUUAAUGCUGCUGAACAAGAUAUACCUAAUGCUAGAAUGAGAGCAAUUUUAAAUACAUAUCUUUCAAUGGCUUCAUGUACUGUAAUGACAUUUUUAUUAUCAUCAUUAACAGAUAAAUAUGGAAGAUUUAAUAUGAUACAUAUACAAUCAUCAACAUUAGCUGGUGGAAUUGCUGUUGGAACAGUAGCUAAUGUUAUUGUAUAUCCUAGAGAUGCUAUUUUAGUUGGUGUAAUAGCUGGAGCAUUAUCAGUUGUUGGUCAUGCAUAUAUAUCACCAAGAAUUUUAGAAAAAAAACUUAAAAUUUAUGACACAUGUGGUGUACAUAAUUUACAUGGUCUUCCAGGUUUAUUAUCAGGAAUUAUGAGUGUUUUUUUUGUUUUAUAUUAUGAUCCUACAAUUUAUGGUAAAGAUAUUGAAAAAAUUUACCCAUAUUGGAAAGGUGGUAAAAGAAAUGGUGAUCGUGAUAAAUAUACACAAGCAUAUUAUCAAACUCUUGGAAUUAUUAUAGUAAUGAUUUCUUCAAUAGUUCUUGGAUAUUUUACAGGAUUUAUUCUUCGGUUACCAUGGGUUCAUAAAGUAAAUGAAAAAUCAUAUAAAGAUAAUAAACAUCUUCAUUUUGACAAUGAAUUUCAAUUUUUACCAAAAUAUUGGAAUUCACUUGAAUUAAGAAGAUCAUUAAAUGUUAGACUUGAAGAACAAAGUAUGGAUAUAAACAGAAUGGUCGAUAAUUUUGGUUUUCAGAAUUACGAAGAUAUUGCAAUGGAUUCAACUGAACCAAAUGAAGAUAUUCCAGAUCCUGUAGUUAUGGAAAACAUGAGUGCUAAUGGAGCAGAUCAUGUUCUUAAUAUUGAUGAACAACCCAGAAAUUUUGGAGAUAAUAAUAUUAUAAAAGGAAAUCAAGAAUUUCAUAAAGUAGAUGAUUACACAAUAAAUUAUGAUGAAAUGGCUGGAACUUAUGAUGCUUAUAUUUUAUCAGAACGUUUAAAACAUAUUGCAGAAGCUUGUCCAUCUAAAAAAGAAGAGGUUUAUAGAUUUCUUUUACAAAAAUUAAUGGAAAAGACUCGAAAUAUUGCUGCUUGUUCUGCAAUUCAUCAGAAACUUAUUGAAAUUAAUCCUGAUAUUCAAAAAUUAGAUCCUAUGUGGAAAGAACGUAUAACCAAUGAAGUAAAAGCUUGUCAAUUUCAAUUAAAGAAUGAACAUAAGGAUGCUAUUGAAUCUGGAAGUAUAAUUUUAAUUAGAAAUAAUUUACUUGCUCAAUGUGAUUUAGCUAUUGAUACUGGUGACUUUGUAGGAGCUAAUAAAAUACUUGCUUCAAUUUCUUCUGAUUAUAUAACGGAAGAAAUUCAUCAUCUAUCUGUAUUUAUUAGGAUUAUUCGUGUUGCAAUGUACCAAGAGUGUUACAAUAGGCUUGAUGCAAUUCUUCAACAAUUAAAACGACAUAUGUCUGUAUAUGAUAGUAAUCGUGGAUUAUCAACAGAUAAUAAAAGUAGGACAUGCGUAUCCGGUGCUUUAAAAAAAGAAUUAGAAGAAUAUGAAAUGAUAAAAAUACUUUGUUCAUUAUACUCGGGAUUUCAUGCAUUUAUUAAGGGAAAUUAUACUGAAGCAGCUAUGAAUUUUAAAAAUGUGAAUUUAGAUCUUAUCAAACCUCCUUAUACUUUUUCACCAAAGGAUAUAUCUCGAUAUGCUGCAUUGUCGGCUCUUGCUUGUGAUCUUAAUUCAGUUUUUAAUGAUGAUGAUGAAACUGAAGAAAUAGAUAGGGAAGUUAACUUAAAAGAUAAACAUCCAAUUGCUUCAAAUCCAGCUUUUAGAAAAUUAAUAAAUCGUGAUGACAAAAUUCAACAUUUAUUUGAUAGUUUUUAUAAAAAUGAUUUUGAACAAACUUUUACGCUUAUUGAAGAGAUGAAAAAUGAAUUCUUUUUAGAUAAACACAUUUCAUCACAAUAUAAUACAAUUAUAAAUGAAAUUCUCAAAAAUUCUAUUCUUAGAUAUAUGAAACCACUAUCUCAUGGGAGAAUUGAUAUAAUGGCAAAAAAACUUCAUCUUGAUGUUCCAGAUUUAGUAAAAUUUGUAGAAGAGUUAGUAUUUGCUGAAAAAAUUGAAUGUAAAAUGGAUAUGAUUAGUAUGACAUUCAAUUGUGAGGCUAAAAAUAAUAGAAAAGAAUUUUUUGAAAAUUUAGUAUUAUCACAACAAUUUUUGUUGUCAAAAUGCCGUAUAUCAUAUAUAAAAGGAAUUAAUUUGUUUGGAAAUAUAAUAAAUGGAGAUCACAUAAAAGUUGAUGACCUGAAUCUUAAGGAUCGCAAGAAUCAAGAGCGUAAAUAUGGUAGUGAAUUUCAUCAAUUAAUUGGAGAACAAUUUCGUAGAAAACCAAUAAACAAACAUUUAAAAAGUAAGAAGAAAUUUUCACCGUUUACAGCUGAUAUGGACGUUGAAGAUAAAAUAUUGUAG